GCACAAGUGGUCAACCUCAUCCAGCUCAUGGCUAUCUGCAUUCUUCAUACAGUCAAUUUGAUUUAAAGCAGCACGCCUACUAGGCCUGUACUAGGUUGUCGCUAUUCUACAACGUUUUGCUGUUUUGCUGUUUUGCUGUAAUGAUAGUCAAACAUUCGAGUACCAUUACCCAAUCAACUACCACGCCAACUGAAGUGGCCCAUCCAUCAUCUUCUUCAACAUAGGCAGUGGUCGCGCUAGAUACACCAUUACACUCAAUUUUUGUAAGGAAAUGGCCCCGACGAAAUGGGUGACUGCGAGAAAAUCCUUUGGUAGCAAAUCAAUUGCUCUUAGGCCUCAGCUGUCCCAUGAACUGCCAGUCGCCGCGAGAUGGAAACCCAAGGGACCUUUCCGUCUCUUCGAUUUGCCCCCUGAAUUACGAGUCCAGGUCCUCAGCCUCGCUCUCCAAGACUGCGAGGAACAGAUUCACGUUAUCAAGAUAUUCCUAGCAUGCCGUAGACUGUACACAGAGGCAGCCGAUAUCUUCUAUCAUGAAACUUGGGUAGACAUCUCUCGUCGGCCCGAGCCUCCCGGCUUGCUGGCCGAGCCUAUCACCGCGCUAUCGCCCCGACGUCACGUCCGUACCAUGAACUUAACCAUUUCUCACAAGACCAACCUCCGCACCUUUCACAGCGCCUAUGUUCCUGUCUUGCGCGAGAUGGCAGACAAAGGCGGCCUUCACACUCUACGGCUAGAAAUCAGCGGCAGAUUUUCUCGCAUAGAUUUCUGGACCGACGCCUGGUCUGAUGAUGAUGACUUUUGUGACAAUGAGAUUCCCCUGCUUAUCGGGCCCGGCAAGGACAUAGAAUAUCAGGGGCCGGCUUUUCUAGCUGCCCGACCUUUUCAGACCUUUCUGGACUUUUUGUCCGAUCCGCAUAUCUCCAAAGUCAUGCUGUAUACCGCUUCCGCUGAUCACUAUGAAUUCUGGUGCGAAUGUCAUCGGAAGCUGUCUUCCAAGCUCGUCCCAUGUAAUAACGGCUCGUGGCGUGGAAAGGCUUCACGAUUAAAGGUGAAUCAAAGGCGACUUCUUUGGCUCUUUCGAGGGGCGCAGACUGUGCGGCCCUUGGCUGCGGCAACGUCAAUACGACGUCCGGGUGCAUCAUCUCGAAGCUAAGGGUAGUAACCCAUAUACAUCCAUUCUCCAUCAUAAGAUAUGUUAGCAAGUAUUAUCCAUGAAGCGUUUACCGCACCGUAAUCAUAUUUAUACUGGAGGGU